AUGUCCAAUGUUGCCCUCUCUACCCCGCCUACCCAUCCUGUUGAACAAGCUCGUGCCUUGUCCAAAAACUUGCCAGAUGCUGGCUUACGAGGUCUUGACCAUUACGCCCGUAAACUCCCACCAUGGCGCUAUCGUCUAAGGCAAUCACUCCUACCGCUCGUCCGAUGGGAAACUCCCUACCUGGCCAAGCUUCAACAGACAUGCCGGACUCCUUUCCUUGAUUCGUAUUUCGCAAUGACGGCGAAUCUCGGCACCCAUACCUUCUUCAUGGCUGCCCUUCCUGUGUGCUUUUGGUGCGGCUACACUGGCGUCGGUAGAGCCUUGGUGCAUAUGCUUGGCUUGGGUGUCUUCUUGAGCGGUUGGAUCAAAGACCUGGUAUGCCUACCAAGACCCUUAUCACCUCCUCUUCAAAGAAUCACCAUGUCUGGUUCUGCGGCCCUGGAAUAUGGCUUCCCAUCGACGCACUCGACAAACGCUGUAUCUGUAGCCCUCUACUUCUUGUACCACUUGCACACCUCGACUGAUGAGACUGCUUCAUUGCAAAGGAUCGCUGGUUUGUGUCUAGGAUACUUUUAUGCAAUUUCCAUCGUGCUUGGUCGCAUGUACUGUGGCAUGCAUGGCUUCUUUGACGUAAUCGUAGGUAGCGCUCUUGGUACUUUGAUCGCUGUACUUCAACUGGCGUACGGCACGCCCUUCGAUAACUGGAUAGCGGAAGGAUCAUGGACUCAUCCGGCUAUAGUCUUCUUGAUUGUCCUUCUUGCGGUACGUUUCCACCCAGAGCCAGCGGACAACUGCCCCUGUUACGACGACAGUGUCGCUUUUGCUGCUGUAGUGCUGGGGUGCCAGCUGGGACAUUGGCAUUUCGCAGGAACAGAUAUCGCAGUCGUUGGUGAACCUCCGGCCACUGUAUUCUUCAGUCUCGAGAAACUCGGAUGGUUCAAAACUUUGGCGCGUGUUGUCGGCGGCGUUGUUAUCGUCUUCGUCUGGAGAGCCACAAUGAAGCCACUUCUUCUCAAAUUCCUUCCUCCGCUCUUUCGAUUCCUCGAAACCGGCGGUGCAACUCUUCCUCGACGAUUCUUCACGCGAGCAAGCGAGUACAAGAGAGUUCCACCUCUUCGACAAGAUGACAACGUCAUUCCAUCUGCUUCGGACAUUCCAGGCAUGUUAUCUAACCUCCGCCAUCCCCGCAAACGUGGUAUCUCAAUUGGACCACAGUCAGAGGCAGAUGCUCGUGAAUUCAUUGCCAACAGAGAGCGAAAGCGCAGAGAGAGCCGUUCGUCUGCAGACGGCGACGAGUCUCGGCCACAGUUAGUUAAGCCACCGGGCGGGUCGUUUUACAUCUCAAAGGUAGCAGAGGAGUCCGAUGCUACGAAACAAAAGCGCUAUGAGAACAAUUCUGGUUCGGUCGGAGUAGCCACACCGCUUGCGACGCCUGGACAGAAGGGCGAGCUUCUCCAACCUGAUCCAUUCAACACGUUGCCCUUGACACCGCCAGCAAGCGAUAGCGGUAACGGGAGCGAUGCAGGAAGGGAAGAAAAUGAAGAAAGAGAGGACGCAGAGCAGGAUCACAAAAUGUUUCUCGCACUGGCAAAACCACGAGUGCGGUAUGAUGUUGAGGUUGUGACCAAACUGGUCAUCUACGCAGGUAUCGCUUGGCUUGCAGUGGAAGGCAAUCCUUUGCUCUUUGAAAUAACCGGGCUCGGGAAGCCCAAUGUGCUUUGA